UGCGAAAUCAACUAAAGAUGAAGAAGAAAGACUGUAUUCAACCAUCGGCAAGGGGGAAUAAACAAGUGGAACAAGUGAGUUAGGCACGUUACAAUAAAGUGCUAGUGUCAUUGCCUACUCCAGGAGUCGUUGUGUCCACUCGCUACGAGAAACUGAUGAUUUAUGGACGCGGAAAUAUGACGUUGAGCAGCUGUCGUCUGAUCCGGAAACGAGAUGAGAACUGAGCAUCAUGUGGAUUUGUUUUUAUGCUUUCUACAGCAAUUAAUGAAAUUGCGUAUAUUCUUUUAAAUGUAUUGUAGUUCGAAACCAAGACUUGUCGCUUGCAAUGAUUUCUAUCACGGUGCUUGUUAUGCUUCUUGUAGGCUGGUGCUUGAUAUAUCUGGCGGAUACCAUUCUGAAGACUGCAACCAGUAUUAAACACUCAUAUGAAAACUGGCUCACAUCAAAUGGACUUAUGCUUUCUCCAUUUCAUGUCAGAUGGCAGACUGGGCUUUUUAACCGUUUGUUUGCCAAAUGGGGACGAUGGAAUCCCAAAUUUUUGUAUUACUGGUUUACCAUGGGGAUGGUAUUUGGAAUAAUGGCAAUGUUUGGAUCUAUCGUACUUCUUUUCAAGACCCUGAUGCAGACUUUAUCCCAAAUGAUGUAUGAGAGCCCCGAGGGUUCAAAUGAGCAGAUGUUACAGGUUGUGGUGCCUGGUGUUAAUCUUCCUGUCAGUCAAAUGGCUUAUUUUUUUGUUGCAAUUCUCAUUAGUGGUGUCAUACAUGAAAUUGGCCAUGGGGUGGCAGCAAUCAGAGAACAAGUACGAUUUAAUGGAUUUGGGAUGUUCAUUUUUAUUAUCUAUCCUGGUGCAUUUGUGGAUCUGUUUACAACUCACCUACAGCUUAUAUCUCCAGUUCAACAGCUACGCAUUUUCUGUGCAGGUGUAUGGCACAAUUUUAUCCUGGGAUUAGCAGCAUUAGUCUUCCUAUUGUUACUGCCAGUGUUCCUCCUUCCGUUCUACUAUACAGGAGCUGGUGCACUGAUUACAGAAGUCAUAGAGGAUUCUCCUGCAAGUGGCCCCAGAGGAUUGUUUGUUGGUGACCUUGUUACCCAGUUGGAGGACUGUCGUGUUGUAAGUGUAGAAGACUGGCAUUCAUGUAUGAAGGAAAUUAUUUAUAGACCUCAAACUGGAUACUGUGUUAAUGAGGCAACUUUACAGUGGGUACAGGCUCCAAACAGAGCUUUCAAAAGGCUUGAUGGCACCAUGGAAUGCUGCAAUAACAACAGCCUCACAGAUAUUUGCUUUACUUACAGCAACAACUUAGAAAGUCAUCUGUAUGCUUGCUUGCCUGCAAGGAGAGCUAUUGAAUCCAGCCGCAUAUGUCGAUCCAAUACAGACUGUCAAAAGGAUUUUGUUCCUGAGCUGUGCCUGAUUCCUUCUCUAGAGAACCAGACACGACUAAUUCGUGUGAAACACCAACCACAGAUGGAUAUGCUGUUUGUUGGAUAUCCACUUCAUCUUCAGUAUGCGGUGAGCAUUACAAACUUUGUGCCACGGCAUGGAUUUCUUCAUUUUGAUUUGCCAGUAGUAAUGGAAACGUUUUGCAAAUAUGUGAUAUCUCUUUCAGGGGCCCUUGCUGUUAUUAAUGCUGUACCUUGCUUUGCACUGGAUGGUCAAUGGAUACUAUCUUCCUUUCUGGAAGCUACAUUUUCCUCUUUGAUUGUGGAAAAGCAAAAUAGAGAGCUGUUAGGAUUUUUUAUCUUACUUGGAGGGAGUAUCCUCUUAGCAUCCAAUGUAGCUUUAGGAUUGUGGAUGGUCACUGCUAGGUAGCCUUUAAGUUGGAAAUACUCAAUUUCAAGACAUAUCUUGUUUUUAUUACAAGCUGGACAUGAAAGGCUUAAAAACUGUAAAAUUAUCACAUGAUUUUAAACUUUUUUAAAGGGUAAUAGUCCUGUAAAUUUUAAUACUGUAUGUUUUACAAAAAGUAGAAAAAUAUUUUUAAUUGAAUGCUUGCUUUUAUAAAUAAGCAGCUUGAUGCUUCACCACAUCUAGCAUUAGCUGACAGGUUCAAAUAACUUUUAUUUUUUGGUGUUCUCUCAGAAUAUAUAUUAGCGGGCUUUCUGUUUACAAAUUUGAAGGAAACAUACAUAUAUUGACUUUCAUAACAACAUUUAAAAGAAACCAUCUUCAAAGCAAUUAAGUUCUUAAGUGAAGUCCCCCAAAAAGCUUGUACAUCUGUGGUUGUCACCUUUGCAUAAGCUAAUAUGUAAAAAUUGUAGAAAAAAAAUGCCCAAACUUUUCAGGAUAACAUGUAGGAAGAUCAAUGUCUUUGCCAUAAGAUUUUUAGGAAGAACAUUACAUUUAUCAGACUGUGCAUGAAGUUAACUAACAGUGCAGGAUCACUGUUUUUAUAUUACACUUUAAACACUUCUUUGUCCUGUAGAUACUUAAUUAAAUAUUGGUGGCUCUGUGCAGUCAUUGAAGAUUUACAGUCAUUUAAAAUAUUUUAAUAAGUAUGUUUAAGAUAGGGUUAAUAAACAAAAAAUUGUAUGUAGAUUAAGAUGGUUAUGUAGUCAUUAUGUUUAAGCUAAUAAGAACAUGCUUGCUUUGAUUUAAGAUAAGCUGUCAGUCAACUGAUAUUUAUAUUUUAGUAAUUUUGAUCAGUCCAAACUCAUAAUUAAGAAAAACAGCUGAUCCAUAAACAUAUUUGCUGAAUUUAGUGUUAUAUAACCCUAGAAUUUUUUUAGCUUCUCUAGAAUACAAUCCUCACAUUCUAUAUACUUUUAAUACAGACUAGCCCCCCUGUUAUGUUCUCAAACCAACAAUAAAAAAUGAAAACAUAAUAAAAUUAAGCAAUCAUGUAAAUAAGUGUUAAUUAGUAAUUAGAAAUUUAUUUUAGUUGUUUACAAAGUAGCCUGCGUUACUCUACCGUAAAAGAUAUUUUACUACCCUGCCUUAACAUUAAGACUCUGCCCAUUUUAUUAACAUAGUACUCAUUAAUGAGAGCUCAAGUUGUUGUAAAGAAUAACUCAUAUUCAUUAUCUGUCUGUCUGCCUGCCUGUCUGUCAGUUCGGUUCGGUCCGGUGCCCAAUUUAUUAACAUAGUACUCAUUAAUGAGAGCUCAAGUUGUUGUAAAGAAUAACUCAUAUUCAUUAUCUGUCUGUCUGCCUGCCUGCCUGUCUGUCAGUUCGGUUCGGUCCGGUCCGGUCUGGUCUGGUCGAACCUUCUUUUCCAAAUUUAGAAUCACAGGAAGAUGUAUCUUACUGUGACAAAGUAAUUAAAGGACAGGGACCGGUUCUGGAUGGUCCCAGUACAUUGCCAGGCUUGAGCAAACAUCCAUACUUGCUCAUACCAGUCCUCCUUAGAGUUGUCAGUCACCUUCACAUACAUGUCUUUGGGAUGGAGGAGAAAAACGACAACCACAAAAAAAUCUGCACAGAGCGUGAAUAUUCAACAUAGCCAGUGACUAGUGGAAUUCAGGCCCAGUUUCCUAGAAUUGUGUUGGAGCCUAAACCCAUGAGCAUUGUUGCACUCUCUUAAAUGGAGGCAACAAGCUGUGGAGUCUGAAUGAAUAAUACCUAUACCAUCCAUAUGCGAUAAAGCUUUGUCUUGAGUAAGAUUUAGAUUACAUAUUUAUGUGGUAUUGAUGUUGUUACAUACCUAUGUUUAUGCAUGCUUAUGUAAAGUGUGGAAAUAACUUAAUCUGUAAAUGUUAUGUUUCUUUAAACAUCCCAGCAUGAUAUACUUCAAGGAAAUAAUGGACAAUUUACACUUCCAUUAUCUUAAUGUGAAAGAGGGCAUUUCUUAAGGGAGAGUGAUAUAUGCACUACUUGUAAACCAAAGGAAAAUGUUUUGUCAGUUAUGUUUCCCAGUGUUCAAUUAACUUAUUAGCAUAACUGCGAUGUUUAAUUGUGUUUUCUUUUUUUUUUUAUAUAAAUGGGUUAUCAGCUUACAGGACAAAAAUGCCAUUAGAGGUUACUUACAUGUCUGCCACUUUACCUAAUGCAAAUUUUAAACUUGCAGUUUUGAUAUCUCAUUUGAUAUUGGUACAGUAAGUUGAAAAAUAAAGGACUACACCAACAACCCUUGAAAUAUAUAGCAAUUGCCACUAUUAUAUAGUUGACAAUUUUUGUGUAAUACCAUUACAAGAUCUUGUAUAACAUUUAUACAAUCUGAGUGAUUUAAUUGUAAAUCUGUGAUACUAAAGGAGAACAACAUAGAAAAUGUAAUUUGUUGUAAAAGUACAGCAAUGUAAAUCCAAGUGUGCUGAAUCAGGGCUAGGUAUGCAGAGUGCAUUAAUAUUCACAUUUUUCUCAUUAAUUAUAUAGUCAAAAGCAAAAAAGGUGGUUUUAAUAGCAUUACAUUUAUUUUUACUUUUGUUUUAUGGUUUUACUACCCUUGCAAGUAAAAACUGUAUAUUAAAUAGAUAAUGGUGUUUUUUUAUUUAUUUAUUUGGCUUAUAUGAUUAAAUGAUUAUGAAAUGAUUAAACAAUUUUAAUUAAUAGUUUGCUGCAGGUUCUAAUUUGAUAAUGAAGAUUUUUAUUUUUUGUUAUUUGAUUUUGGAGAAGGCAGGUUCACAAACUGGUUGGACAAAUUGUGUGAAUUUCCUUGUUAAACACUAACUUCUUUAUUGUGUCAAAAUUGUCUUUUAAGUUGUUAAAAAGAAAAUAUUGCUUCAUCCUGGCAUUCAGACACACUGGACCGCCUGGACAUGACAACAGCCAGGAGAGCAAAAGCACAUCAGCUAACAAAAACAUAGAAGAAGACAGAGCUGGAACAUGAGUGUUCUGACCUCCACAGCUAUAUACACCCUAUUGAUGCGUAUUUGGAGUUUCCUGACAGACUGUUGUGGAUCCUGAAUGAUUCUGUAAUACACGUUAAGUAUAAAAUAAUUAUUUGUGAUGGGAUUGUUUUUUGUAGUUGUGCUUAUUUUGUCAUCACCUUAAGCGGAGUGGCCUUACUACAGUGCAUUUCCCAGCACUUAGUCUGGUACAUCCGUGGAGCAAACUCUUUCUGCUGGAGACAGACAAUUGUUAACAGUGUUGUAGAUCUGUACUCAAAAAUAAAUUGAGAUAUGUGUGAGUACGCACUUGUGAAUAGACUGGAGCCUUCUGUAGGAUUUGUUUUGGCCUAGAGCCCAGUGUGGCCAGAAAAGAGGAAUUGGACUAAGCUUUAUCAGAGGGUGUAUGGUUUAAUUAAAAGCAAGAAAUAGCAGGGCUUAAAACUUGCAUAGACUAACUCAAACUCACCUCACUCUCCACUAGAAAGCCACCAGGAACUACAACCAGGCUGAUACCUCUAUUAGAGAUGUUUUGCAAUAAUAAGAACACUUAAAAAAAAGGUCUGUACAUUGCAUCAAACAUGCGUGGCAGAUAUUUGGAAGAUUCAAAGGAAAGAUUUGUAAAGCUAAUAGUUCUUUUAAAUAGUUUAUUUUAAGGCACAUUUUUAUAGUGUGCAUGAUACCCAUUUCUGUUUCAUUUGUAAUCACCCAUCUACUGUCUUGUUACACAUCAAGAUUUUCAAAUUAUGUUGAGCAGUUUCAUCUAAACCAAACUGUGAUAAAUGCUUUAUGCCCAGUUCGUAUUUAAAUCAAUUUUCCACAAAAUCAUAGUGCACAGGAAGGCCAAUCCAAACAACGAAGCGAGUGUUUAAAAAUAGUACCCAGGGCAUAAAUGCCUAGAUAAAGUACAGCCUUUUUAUCUGCAUGACUCCACAGACUGAAAUGAAGUGCAAUGUCACUACUCAGCAUAUUCUUGAUGUAAGGCAUUCUCAUUGACAUGGAUUAAGCCAUCAGGAUCGUUUGUAGGUUAAAUUUAACCUUUUAGUUAAUUGUUUCUAGUUUUUUUUUAACUCCCUGAAAAUUAAUAUUAUUCAUGUGUUACAUAUUUUUUUGUUAAAUGGCAGUGAUGUCACAUCGCUUUUUUUCUCCAGAGGCAAUUUCCUUUUCACAGUGUGUAGUAAAACACAUGCAUCAAUUAAUGACAUAUAUUAUGCCAUGUUAUUCAAGAAUGAAUGAUUUUAGGACAUGGGAUUCUCAGCCUAAAAGAAAUCGUUGCAGUGUGGAAGAGGAGAUGAACUGAGAAACACAAAAGAAUGAUCAGUGUUUCCAAAAGUCAGAACACAGAUUUAAAUUAUUCAAAAACACAAAAUCCAAAAUAAAGCACAAAAUUACACUGAAAAAAGUUUUAAAAUCCUUAAA